AUGCCUGCCCCAUCCACUGGGGUCUCCCAGGUCAUCCAGGGAGGCUGGACCCCAGCUCAGCCUCCUCCAGCUCCAGCCCUGGUGACCCAGAUCACUCCCAUCACGGCCCCAGUGACCACUGGGCCACAGCCACAAAUGACUUUUGCUAAUGGCCACCUGGACACGUCCCAGGCCAAGGUCUUGCUGGACAGUUCCUGUAACCCCAGGAGUGUUUACAACAACUUCCGACGCUGGCAGCACUUCAAAACCCUGGCCAGGAAGUACCUGCCCCAGAGUCCUGAUGGCGAGGCUCUGUCCUGCUUCUUCAUCCCAGUGCUCCGGUCCCUGUCCCGCCUGACGCCCACCAUGUCACUGGAGGAGGGCCUGUCCCGGGCCAUGCAGGAAUGGCACCACACAAGCAACUUUGACCGCAUGAAAUACUAUGAGAUGGCAGCCAAGUUCAUGGAGUUCGAGGCUGAGGAGGAGAUGCAGAUUCAGCAGCUGCAGGAGCUGAAUGGCUCCCAGUACCUGCCUCCUGUGGCCCCACCAAAGCCUGACCCCCCAGGGCUCCUGAUCCCCGAGGUUGUCCAGGAGCCAGGGUGCAGUGUCCCCAAGAAGGCCUGCCCAGAGGCCACACCCAGCCACCUGUCACCAUCCAGAGCCCCUAAGAGGCCAGACCCCAAGGGGCCAAAGUGGAUCCCACCUGAAGCCGAGCAGGAGUAUGUGAACAUCAUGAAGGGGCUGCUGGGACACAGUGGCCAGUGGGCACAGGACGCCGUCCAGCCCGGACAGGAGGAUGGGGCGUUCCCUGACCUGGGGCUCCUGAGCUACAUGGAAGAGCUGUGCUCCCAGGAGGACUUUAUCACCAAGGUGGAGGCCGUCCUUCACCCCCAAUUCCUGGCAGAACUACUCUCCCCACAACCAGAGAUGGAUCUCUUGGCCUUAAUGAAGGAGCUGGAGCAGGAGGAAAGGCUGACCCCAGAUCAGCUGGUGGAGAAGCGCCUCCGGGCCCUGAAGGAGGACAGGGGUGAGGAGGCAGCCCCAGGUCCUGGAGAACCUGUACUGGGGCCCAGUAUUUCUAAGUCUGCCAAUGGUCGAGAUGCAGAGAGAGACGUCCAUGACCUCCAAGAGGAGAUCAGCUUGGAGACCUCCCCGAAGGCUGCCCAGGACCCUGAGAGACAUGACGGAAGAGAUGCUGACCUUCUCUGGCCUAAGGACACUGAUAUCUUCCCAGGGCAUGUGGGGCCACACCCAAUGAGCACUGCUGGGCCAGCCUCUUCUCCCCAGGGACAUGGACUCUCUCCUCCUUGUCCGGGGACCAGGGGAGCCUCAGGUGGUGUAGGCACCUCGCCUGUUAGGGGGAUGCGCUGGCCAGCAGAUGGGUCCAGUGAGGAUGAAGAACAGCUCCCCAGCCUGGCCUUCCUCAUGACCUCCCCGCACAGCCUGCUGCCCUGGGUGCCAGCCCUGAGCCCUGCCUCCACCUCGGGCCUUCUCCGUCCUGGAGGUCGCAGGCCCCGGGGAGCAACCAAGGCCCGAUCUGCACAGAGAAGAGGCCUGAGCUCAGCUGCCCAUCUGCCUUCCAAGGCAAAGAAGCAAGAUGUCAUUGGAGGUCCCAUCCCUACUAAGAAGCUGAAACUGAGUCCUGAGUUUGGGGUCUCUGGGGGACAAGCCCUGGCUCUGGGACUGACUGGACCCUCACAGCUUAAGAGAAAGUGGAAUAUAUUGGCCUCAGGGCAGAGCAAGAAGCAACAUCGCAGCCAGUAGGGGUGUGGGGGCCUCUGUGGGCCAGCCUUUGGGUGGGCCUGCACUAGGUGUCGUGCUGUCUGCAGCCUGCACCUCCA